AUGGAGCAAUAUAUUCCUUUAAGAACAAAAGUCUUCCGUAAACCAUUCCAAGCUGUGUUCUACACACAAAACAACUGGAGGAAAUUUGACGAAGCAGGGGAUGCUAUCUUUAAGCUUCCAACAGAAGAACAAUAUCUAGCAAAAAGAGAGAUCAGUAAGGAAAAUAUCAUUGAAUACCAUUACUUGUUGAAAAGGGAUCAUUUCGAUGAGAAAGAAUUGACGUCUAUAUCUGGGAUCUGUGUUCCAGUGGAUACUGCAAUGACCCCUACUUUAAAUAAGCAAUUGACGGAGUUAUUUGAAUCUGAAGAGCUUCGCGGAGUUGAUUUUGUUGUAUCGAAGACUAAGAUAUACCCUAUUAAAAUGAGUGAGCAGAAGCCUAUUUCUUAUGGUUACUUGAUUGGAGAGAAAAAUACAUUGAACACUGCUCACGUGCAACUAACGGUGCUAUUGCAGAUGCAUGAAGGUAACGUUGUUGAAUUUGUUGAUUUGCAGUCGAUAUCUUUUAUCCCAAUGAUAGCAGGAGUACAAUCGUUGAACCUGAAGAAUAUUUCGACCAGUUUUCAGACCAAAGUAUUUUUACCAAACAUAUCUGGUACGCCAAGCACAGCACCACAAGUGUUCUUGGCAGGAUCUGUCCAUGCACUAGUACUACAGGCUAAGACUAUUUUGAACAAUAUGAUAAGGUCAAUUGAUGGGGAGCUAUACUAUUCAACACUCCAAAAUGUCUCACAAGUUAAAUUGAAAUAUAUUUCUUCUAAUUAUUCAAAGGAAUUGAAUCACUUAAUGAUGAAAUACCAAACCUUCAUCUUUUUAAAUACAGGAAAAGAGGAGGUUGAAUUCCAAUCUUCGUCGACACAUUUGUUAGAGCAGGUAAAAAAGGUCUUCACUAUGGAAAUCUUGUCCGAUGUCUCAGAGUUACAGUUAAUUUUCCAUGAUGGAGACUACAAUACUAUCGAGAAGCCAAUCCCCGAAGCGCUACUAGAUUUAAGCUUAAAGUGUAAUAUCACUUUGUUGGUUGAAAACGAUAUGCAGAACUUUGUUUUUAUUGGAGGCACAGCUAAACUAGAGCGAGUCCUCGACUGGGUCUCUAAGAACAUGCAAUCGAAUCCAGUACAGGUAAAGUAUUUUGUUGAAUUAGACCCUUCGUACAAAGAUUUUAUUUCAGGAAAGAAGAAUGGUAAAAUUUCGCGUAUUAUGGAUACUACCAAUGUCAAUAUUAAUUUAGACCUACAGAAUGGCAAUGGUAACAUGAUUUUAACAAUGUUUGCUAGUGACAUCAAAAAUGCGAUUAUAGGCCAGAAGCUGGUUUCGGAUGAGUUGCCUUCCGAAACAUCUUUUUUUAUACCUGAAGCAUAUCAUAGACCCGUUAUUGGGACGGGCGGUUCCGUCAUCCAAACUAUUAUGAGGAAGCAUAAUGUUUUCAUACAAUUUUCAAACAGUUUCCAGCUCCCUCAAAAUAAACUAGCUCAUAUUAGAUAUGACAACGUGGUAAUAAGAUGCCCAUCAAAGAAUCGUAAUGAAAUUAUCCCAGCCAAGGAGGAACUAAACCAAUUGGCCCAGGAAUACAGCGAAAUGCAACCGAAAGUGCAGCUAAAACUAACACCAGGUCAGUAUAGAUAUCUGUUGCAUCAUAAUGAGAAUGAUAAGUUAUCUCUUGCAGAUAAUAUUGGCAUUAUAGAGCGACGCACAUCAACGUAUAUUAUGUUCCCAUUUCUUGAGCCCAAAGAAGGAUUUCUAUUGGAAAUACGGGGAAAUGACAAUCAAGCUACUAUUGCUGGCAGAAAAUUGUCUGAAUCAUUUGGCGAGGAGUUAGAAAUCACUAUUACUAACACCCUUGUUGACACUGUGGAUCUCUGCAACUCUAUAAUAGUCCCAUUUUUAGCGAUGGAUAUCAUAGUUACAACUUCCCAGCAGUUGAUAAGGUUCACAUAUAAGGAAGGGAAUAAAUCAGUCACUUAUGCUCUAGAUAUCCUUCGUGACUAUCUCAAAAAGCUAAAUGUUACCAUCAUGGACAAAACCUUCAUCAACUCUUGGAUAGUAGGUCCGACAAAAAGUAUCCAUUCACCCCCCACAGCCGAAAGUAAGAAGUUAACCCAACUCCCAAAUGUUUGCAUCCAGCAGUAUUCAUAUGGGUAUGCUACUUUAUAG